AUGAGCAGCAGCAGCAACAGCAACAGCAACAGCAGCAGCAGCAGCAGCAGCAGCAGCAGCGGCUCUGCUGCCGCAGCCCUGCCGUCGGUGGACGUACAGCAGCAGCAGCAGCAGCAGAGGAUGAUUUCUCUGAUGCCGAGCGCAUCAGCAGCACCUGCUGCUGCUGCUGCAUUACCUGCUGCUGCUGCUGCUGAACGUGCAGCAGCAGCAGCAGCAAAUGGCGGGAGUGCUGCAGCUCCUCCUGCUUCUGCUCCUGGUGCAUCCACCGCUUCUGCGGAUUCUGCUUCUGCUGCAGCUGCUGCAGCAACUGCUGCUGGAGUUGCUGCUGUGCAGCAGCAGAACUCUACAGGCGGUGACCGUAACGAGGUGCAGCAAGCAGCAGCAGCAGCAGCAGCAGCAGCACCACCACCACCACCACCACCACCACCACCAGCAACAGGUGCUGCUGCUGCUCCUGCAGCUCCUCCAUUGAGGAGCAGCAACGAGAGCAGCAACGGCAACAACAACAACAACAGCAGCAGCAGCAGCAGCAGCAACAAUGGUGAGCCUGUCGCUUUGCUGCACUUCGACUCCCGCGCAGUUUUCGUGCAGUGUAGCUGCUGCUCCACCCUCAAUGCUGCGCCUCCUCAGCAGCAGCCGCAGCAGCAGCAGCAGCAGCAGCAGCAGCAACAGCAGCAGCAGCAGCGCGGGGAAGCACAAGCUCAGGGGCAAGAACCACUGCAGCAGCAGCAAAAUCAACAGCAGCAGCAGCAGCAGCAGCAGACAGAAACUGCAGAAACAGAGCAGAAUGCCCCAGUAGGAGGACAGGUGAUGAUAGUGAUAUGCGGGCGCUGCAGCACUCGCAAUAUUUCUUUACUCGGGUGUUUGCUGCUGGAGUGCUGGCACUGUCAUGCAGUCUGUCAGGUUGAUUAUCCCCCUUCUAUUUUAGAUAGGAGGCAGCGAAGCAGCAGCAGCAGCAGCAGCAGCAGCAGCAGAUAUGCUGCGCGGUUCGCCUUCUUUCGCCACGCCAGGAGCGCGAACCCACAGCUGCAGCAACAGCAGCAGCAACAAGUGUAUCUUCACCAUCAACAACUACUUCUGCAGCAGCAACAGCAGCUACUGCUGCACCAGCAACAGCAGCAGGAACAGCAGCAGCAGCAGCAGCAGCAGCGCCGAAGGCGAUUUAGAAGAGUUGUCACCGGAGGAGACAGCAGCAGACGCCAGAGGCUGUGGGGUGCCCUGGUUUCGUCGAUGAGGCCAAACAAUGCUGCUGCUGCUGCUGCUGCACCUGCUGCACCUGCUGCCAGCAGCAGCAGCAGAACAUCGGGUCGCCUACCUCGAGGGGAGCUGCUGCGAAGGCUUCGCAGAAGGGCUACAAACAGGCGCUCUGCUGCUGCUGCUGCUCCUGCUGCUGCUGCGGAUGCAGCGCGAGCAGCACCGCAGCAGCAAGGCAGCAGCACGCAGCAACCAGCAGACCAGCUUAACGGCCGCAGCAGCAGCAGCAGCAGCAGCGGCUGGCAGUAUGAAGGCCAGCGGCGCAGCGACAUCGAGGGAGAAGCUGGAGGAGCAGCAGGUGCUGCGGACGAACGCAGCAGCAGCAGCAGCAGCAGCAGCAGCGGGGCGGCGCGCGUGGGCACCACAGCAGCAGCACCAGCACCAGCAGCAGCAGCAGCAGCAGCAGCAGCAGCAAGAGGAGGCAGCAGAAGAGGCAGGUUAAAAUCAGAGUUUUCUUCCUUUAUGAGGGCAGUAACGCGUCGAAACCCUUCAUAA